AUGAACGAAGUGAAAACCGAGCAAAAAAACACCGACAAAGAUGCGGUUAUGGCCGAUGAAACAGUUAGCGAUGCUAUGACGCUAGCCUCAAUUAUGAUUCGUUUCACUUCGGCAAUCUUCAAGGCGAGCGAUUUUUGUGCAAUUUCUUUCGCCAUUUCGGAUGCAGUCAGUUAUUUUCCAAUGAAAUUGUUCACAAAGUCGAAUAGAGUCGUUCGAGAUGCUGAAAAAGUCAAAGCAGUUCAGUUAAUCCCGGGCGAUCCUUAUUCACCAUGGCGUUGGACCGGUAAUGCUCUUGUGGAUACAAUCUUCCCAGGAUGCGACACACUUGCAAAGGUUUGGGAUGAAGUUGUUCGUCGAUAUGCAGACUUGGACUGUUUCGGCGUUCGCGAGGUGCUUUCGGUCUCGAAAGAUGUACAGCCAGAUGGACGUGUUUUUGAGAAGAUGGAACUUGGCGACUAUCAGUGGACGACGUUCAAAGAGGUAGAUAAGAGUGUUCGUGCACUUGCGAAAGGUCUAAUUAAAAAUGCUCAAUUAAAACCCAAAAGUCAUGUGGCUAUCUACUCGGAAACUCGUGAAGAAUGGAUGGUCACUGCGUUAGCGUGUUACAAAUGUAAUUUCCCGAUCGUUACCAUCUACGCAACUCUGGGUGAAGAAGCACUCAAACAUGCGAUCCGCGAAUGUGACACAGAUGUUAUUUUCACAACGGCUACACUUUUACCAAAGUGUUUUAAGGUUAUCGAGGCACUCAGCGAGUGUCCAUCAAUCUCGAUGAUCGUCUACUAUUCGGCGCAAGAUCCGGAAGCAAUCACAAAAGUGCCGAUGUCAGCUGCAGAAUCAUCAAACGUUCGUAUGCUUCCUUUUGCAGAUUUGAUCGAGAUAGGCGAACAAAUCGACGAGUCCGACAUUAACAUGACUGACUAUACGGCACAAGCGGAUGAUUUGGCUCUAUUCAUGUACACAAGUGGAACGACGGCUAACCCGAAAGGUGUAAUGAUAUCGAAUCGCAAUCUCAUCGCUGCUACAGCCGGACAAGAUGCCUGUAUCGAUAUCAAAGCAAGUGACGUUUAUAUAGGUUAUCUACCACUUGCACACAUUAUUGAAGUGUGUUGUCAAUUGGUGAUUCUGACUCAUGGUUGUAAGAUUGGUUUUUCAUCUCCACUCACACUUUUCGAUGGUGCUGCCAAGCUGAAAGAUGGUCAGAAAGGUGACAGCAGUGUGCUGAGGCCAACCUUAAUGUCAGCUGUCCCGGCAGUUUUCGAUCGAAUCGUAAAAGGUGUGCUGUCAAAGAUUGCACAAGCUUCACCGAUGAAGCAAGAAUUGUUCCGGUUAUGUUAUGAGCGCAAAAAAAGUCAUUAUGAACAAGGGCGAUCGUGCCCCAUAUUGGAUAGGCUAAUAUUCAAUAAGAUACGUGCUCUGUUGGGUGGUCGAAUGCGUGAAAUGCUCAGUGGAGGUGCACCGCUGAAUCCAGAAACGCAACGCUUCAUGCAAAUCUGCUUCUGUCCGAUUAUACAAGCCUAUGGACUAACCGAAACUUGCGGUGGAGGCACUAUUUGCGACCUGGACGAUAUUAGUACGGAUAUGGCAGGCGUACCAAUUCGAUGCUGUGAUAUUAUGCUGCGUGAGUGGAAAGAAGGUGGAUAUUCGCCGUUGAACAAAACUCCUCAAGGAGAGGUACUUAUUGGCGGUGCGAACAUAGCACUUGGCUAUUAUAAGAAUGAAGCGAAGACAGCUGAAGAUUUUUUUGAAUUGAAUGGACGUCGGUGGUUUGUUACUGGAGAUAUUGGUGAAUUUCGAAGUGAUGGCUCGUUGACUAUCAUUGAUCGUAAGAAGGAUCUUGUGAAGUUAUCACACGGUGAGUACGUUUCACUGGCUCGGGUUGAGACGGCACUUCGAGACAACAAAUACGUCGACAAUAUUUGCGUUUAUGGUGAACCAGUUAAGGAUUAUGUAAUUGCCUUCAUUGUACCGAAUGUUCAAUCUCUGACAGCGCUUGCAAAGAAACAUGGAAUUGUAGAUGAUGAUAUUGAGAUGUUGUGCAAAGACGACCGAAUCAUUAGCGACGUACUUGACGCAUUACAGAAGCACGUUAAAGGUAAACUCAGCCGAUGGGAAACUCCACGAAAGAUUCAUUUGUGCAGUGAAGUUUGGCUGCAGGCGGAUGGCUUGUUAACGGAAGCGCUGAAACUGAAACGACGUGCAAUCAAGGAGAAAUACCAGUCGGUGAUCUCGGCUAUUUAUCAGUGA